UAGCUGCAUCUUGAGAAGAGGAACAAAAUGUGAAACGCCAUGAGGAGCAUUUUUCUCCGUAGCAGGUGCAGUGUAGAAUGCGCCUCUGCUUUAAUAGUCUCCUACUCAGCCCAGAGCUGCUCCUGCUGCUUCUGCCAUAACACCGCGUCCGAUCAACUCACUGACGACUCGGCUGGUGUUGAUCAUGAAUCUGACUGAAGGGCACUGAAGGUCCUUUAAAAUGACCCGAACCCAUCCUCCUGAUAUACUGGCAUCAACUCUAUAUCGGGACAUCACUCUUAAUCCCAUCACUCAUCACCCCAUUCUCCACGCCUCUCCGCAAUGUGACCUGAAAAUGAUUGACAAACCUGAGAUUAUUAACAAAAGACAUUGUCGUAGCUUUGACUUUAUUGAGUCACUGGACGACCCGCAAGCUUUAUCCUCCUCAGUGGAGUAUCCUUAUAAGAGAUCUGAGCAUUUGGCUUUCAACAAAAACGUAAUGUGGAAUGGAUUAGAUCAACCAGGACAUCUUCGCUUUUCAUCUCCAGAUCUUUUUAACACCAGGCUCUUUCAGCAGCAGCAUCAGCAGCAAGACAAAACCAGCCAUCUAACGUGGUCCGAUUCUAAAAAAAGGGCAAGAUCUAAAAGUACACCACGAAUUAAGGCCACACUCACUCCGGUGCCAAUUUCAGUGUCUCCUCCGAGCACACGCAAAGGCAGAGAUGCACCUCAGGCAGCUCAGGACGCUCAAAAGGAAAGUUAUUCAUCAAACAGGGCUUUUUUAAAUGAAGUUCAUCCUAUUAAACUGCAACCCCACACUCCCCUAUAUGUCUCAGACUGUUUUGAAGAAGACAAACCAGACAAGCCAGCCACUACCCCUCAUGUUAGGUGCCGGGUGGACAUUAAACCAGAUGCUGCGGUCCUCCAGCAAACAAGGCACAAUGUACGAAGUGAUAAUCAGUGGCAGAGAUAUUCACAGGCCGGUAGUAGCCGAGGUUUGUACGUACAACCACCACCGCGACAGAUUGGCUCCUCACCGACGCCCACUCCCAGUGAAUGCUACAGUGGGGAUUUUAGACAAGGAUACCACUAUACUACUAGCAUGUCCCCCAUCUCUUACCAGCAUUUAGACUUCAGAAUGCCAUCGCCAACACCGCCAUACCUAACUGCAGAACAAAGAGCGUACUCAAAUCCUAACAUACCCACUAAGUUCUUUUAUACAGAAGACCCAGUCCGAUAUCCCAUCCAUCACUUCUCCAGACCAUACUUUCAGGACGAUCGGUCAAGUAUUACCAGCCAUGCUAGUACUUUGACGAGUCACUAUGACCCAAGGACUAGAUGGGUGCACACACUUCCUCCUCGUUCAUACUACACUGAUCGGGACCCUCUGCAUAGUGUUUAUAGUAGACCAUACUCUACAAGUGAGGCUGGGUCUUACAUGUCCCAUACACCAGUUUCUAGACCUUAUUUUGGAGAUGACAGCCGCUAUAACACAUACCACCCAACCAGUUCAGGGCUCUUUUAUUCCAAACCGUAUGUCACGCCCACAGAAACAUACAUUCCCACAACAAGACUUUAUCACACAGAAGGCCGUCGAAGACCAUCUGAAGGUUUCUCCAAUGACUGGUAUCGGUCCAGUAUAUCUGGUUACUCCAGCCAGUCCUUCCAGCACACACAUUCCAGGUUAAAAGAGACAGGUAUACCCACAUGGUAUGGGAGUGUGGACACCACUCGCCUUGGCGAAGAAGCUAAAAAUCACUCUAAAUCUUUUGACAAUAUUUUGUAUCCCCACCUGGAUAGAGGUCAGUCCGUGCCUCGUGGUCGAAGUUAUGAGAAUCUGUUUCACCAACCUCGACAUGGAGCAUCCAGUGAUGUUACCUCGCAGCCUGUUAUUCUGAAUCUCUCAAGCUCACCCAGACGCUAUGCAGCACUGUCUCUCUCAGAAAACUCUUUAGACAAGGGGUCAAGUAACCCUUGGAGGAAUACAAAAGGUGGACAGUGGUUUGUAACACCUGAGAUCACAAUCACAGACAAUGACUUAUGUGCAGGAAAUAACAAGAGGCGUGAAGGGCACUCGGUCAGCUGGGAUGUAAUGGACAGUGAAAACAGAUCCACUCCAAGGGUGAUGCCACAGAAGCAAGAAUCCCUCACAACAGAUUUGACCAAAGACAGGAAACAUAACAACUUUUCCCUACAGCAAAGUCUUGAGCAGCUGGACAAGCUCCUAGCCGAUCUGGUUGUAGACUACAAACCACCUACAAGCAGGAAGUCGAGUGAUGACCUCUUGGAUCAACUAAAGCAACUCAUAAAUGUUGAUGAUAAGGACCAAUGCACAUCUGGUGUGGAAAACCUUCAGAGUUCUGAUACACAGGUUACAUCCAGUAAAUCCAGCCCUGACACAAAUAAGGAAGGUGAUAGUGGAUGUGAUGCUCUUCAAAGGAGUGCAGAGGAGUGCUCACCUGACCAUAGCACAGAUGAGGAUGACAACCUGGUGUGCGCUAAUAAAAAGUGUAAUAGGGCUGAAAGUAUGUUCAAUGCAUGUUUGUAUUUUAAAUCGUGCCACAGUUGCUAUACAUUUUACUGCUCAAGAACCUGCAGGAGGGACGAUUGGGAAACUCAUAAAGAGACCUGUUUAUAUGGUCGUGUCAGUAGUGUGUGCCGUCAUACACUUAAGUUUUGCAGAGAGAAUACAGACAUCCAUAAAGCAUUCUCACGUGUUGCUAAAGCGGGCUACCUUUCGCGAGGGAGAGGGGUGCUCUUUCUGGGUUUUGCUAAUCCAGACACAGCUAACAACUUCCUGCAGGUGGGCCUGGAGAGCCUUCUCAUGUCUCCUACAUACUUAUCUCUCAGAGAGCUAGACGGCUUCAAAGACAAUCUGGGUGAAUACUGCAAAGAACUACAACAAGCAGGAAAUGAGUAUGAUCCCAAUGAAUGUUUCCUCCUGAAUGUAUCCAUAGCUGUUGGUGAACUGGUGCCUAACAGACCAUCUCCAAGGAUCCAAGCUCCAACGGUGCGCAAAUAUGCAAAGGUGUCCCUGGCAUCGUCUAGUCCAGAUAAGAAAGUACUCAAGCAGGAAAAUGAAAUGGAAACUCUCAUCUUAACUCCACCACCUGGGACACCAGACAUAGAUCGGGAAGGGGAGGAGGGAAGGAAAGCACGGGAGGUCUGCUUUGUCAAUAUCCAGCGUGAACUCAGGACAAGGGGUGUCUUCCUCCGACAUGAGUAUCCCAAAAUUUAUAAUCACCUUUGUGAGUUUGUAGAGAACAAUAUACGAUUCACACCAACCACAAUUUACCCCAUAGAUAAGAGAACAGGAAAACAGUUUAUGUGUAUGAUCAUGGCGGCAUCAGAGCCAAGGACACUAGAGUGGGUGGGCACACCUCAUCUGUUGGAUGAUAUUAUUUAGUAAAGCACUAAAAUGUCAGUCAAAUGUGUAUAUUUUGUAAAUACAUGGGAUGACUUAGGGUGUUAUGGAAGUUUGAAAACACAUGACAAAAUCUGGCUAUUCUGUGUAUUUUUAGCUAUUAUAUGUUUGCACACAUGCACAAACAAAACUGCACUUAAUAUAUAGAAAUAAUACUGUACCUGUUUCUUUAGCUUGUUGCACUAAAAUGAUUGAUGCCUGCAUGUAGUUCACAGGCACAACCCCAUGUAUUGGGUGUUAAAGAUGUUAAUGUGAUGUGCAGUAUGUACAAAACAUGUAUAAAGCACACUAUAUUUAAUAACAAUGUGUCUUAUUACCUCUACAUUACUGAAGUGGAUUACCACUUCCAUCUCCAAAUUAAACACCUGAGGUGACUUUUUACAGUGUUCCAUCAUCUGAAAAUUGAUCAGUAACCCAAAUUGUGUGGAUAAUUUUAAAACAGGCCUACUACUUGAGAUCAUGUUUAAAGUACAAUCAAAUCAAUGUUUUCCCACUAAAAUAUAUAUUUAUGUUUAUUUCAUAUUGUAAAGAAAAACUUGAUGUCGUUCUUCAACUGCUUUGUUUGGAAGUGGCCUUCUGUAAUAAUGCAUUUGACACAAAGCAAUGUAAAGAGUGAUGAGUUUAUAAAGGCUUGACAGCUUUCAAUUUAGGUUUACUGAACUAAUGUUGUAAAUUAACACUUAUUUUGCUUAAAGCAUGCUAUUUAUAUUCAGGUCUUUUAAUAUAAGCAUUGCAUAAUUUACAUUAUUAUGUUGAUGAAAUAUGGUUUUAUGCUUAAACAUGUAAGAGGUAUAUAUGAUAGAUAUCUAUAUUGAAUAUCAGAUUAUUUCGACUACAUGACCUUGAGACCUGAUUGUGGGUGAUACCAUAUGCAAUAAAAGAGCAACCUUAUUAUUUAUCACUGAAUUCUAUUUUAUCAUAGCCUAAAUAAUAAUUUAUUACUAAACCUGCAAAAACUGUUUGCUCUAAAAUAUAAAUCAUACAUACAUUAUGCUAUAAUAGCAGCACUGAAAGCCUCCAUUUAAUAUGGUCAAAGCUAAGGUUGCUCUUUUACCUGAUUGAAUAUCUUUGUGACCUUCCUUAACUUUAUAUUUUGUGAUGUUUAUAACCUAAAUACAUGAUUAAUAUGGCAUAUUAAAGGAGUGAACAAACCAUG